UCUAAGACUCGAUGAUAAACAGCGUCUGAAAGCUGACUAGCAGUGAGUCAGUAGGGUCCCCUGCUAUUCCAGCUGUUAGUCACUUCCUCAGCAUGGCCUACCUGACUGGGCGGGUACUUGUCUGCAUACCUUCACCGCGGCACUGCUGUAAUCUACACUGGACAAGAAAACGGAGCUUGAGGCGGGGAAGGUUAAACGUCCUCCGGUGAAGCCAUGGCUGCUACUGAGCACACGUGGGAGCUGUCAGUCCAAGUAGACCAGCAGGAAGGAGAAGAGACCAUGAAGUUUAAAAUUCGGGUUAAGGGAGACCUUCACGUUGGAGGACUCAUGCUCAAACUCGUGGAGAAGAUUAAGGCCCCUCAGAACUGGUCAGAUCAUGCUCUUUGGUGGGAACAGAAGAACUGCUGGCUGCUGAAAAACCACUGGACGCUGGAUAAAUAUGGAGUGCAGGCAGACGCUGACCUACGCUUCACUCCCCAGCAUAAGCCACUGUGUCUGCAGCUGCCCAACAUGAAGACCAUCAAACUGACCAUCACCUUCUCAUCAGUGGUCUUCAAGGCUGUAGAAGAAAUUUGCAAAGCGCUCAACAUAAGAAGAUCUGAGGAGUUGUCCCUGCUGAGACCACCGGAUGAUCCAAAAAAGAAAAAGAAAAAAGAUAAGGGGAAAGGGCAAGCUGAAGAUGACAUAAUUGACAUGGACACUAUCAGUGGCGUGGCUGGAAACAGUCUCUACAGUAAAACCAUGACUGCGACCUAUGACCCUGAGAACGGAACCCCAGCUUCAGCCACCAGCCUGUGGUUUGGGGACAACCCUCUAACUGCCAGCCAGCCCAACAUACCCGCCGAGGAGCUGGCCAAGAUGUACCUGCCUCUCAGCAUGGAAGAUAAAGCUGUUAUCAAUGCAGGGUGGUUGGACUCCUCGAGGUCUCUAAUGGAGCAGGGUGUACAGGAGAAUGACAAACUUUUGCUGCGAUUCAAGUACCACUGUUUCUUUGAUCUCAAUCCAAAGUAUGAUGCAGUAAGGAUUACACAGCUGUAUGAACAGGCACGCUGGGCCAUUCUGCUGGAGGAGAUUGAGUGCACUGAAGAAGAGAUGCUGAUGUUUGCCUCCCUGCAGUAUCACAUAUGCAAACUGACCAUGUCCACCAAACCUGUGGACCUUUCGGACGAACCUGAAAUUGAUGAAGUGGAGGCAGCUCUCUCACAUUUAGAGACAACACUAGAAGGAAGGAGCACUGACAGGAUUCUGGAAGAUAUUACAGACAUUCCAAAGUUGGAAGACACUCUCAAGCUGUAUAGGCCUAAGCGUCUACUACGAACAUUCAAAGAGUACUGGUUUGUGUUCAGAGACACCAGCAUUUCCUAUUACAAAAACAAAGAGUCUGCCAACGGGGAGCCCAUUGAACAGCUCCAUCUGCGAGGCUGUGAAGUCGUUCCAGAUGUCAAUGUUACAGAAAAGAAGUUUGGCAUCAAACUCUUGCUGCCUGUUGCAGAUGGAAUGAACGAAGUGUAUAUUCGCUGUGAUCAUGAGACACAGUAUGCCAAGUGGAAAGCUGCAUGCAUUUUGGCUUCUAAAGGCAAGACGAUGGCCUACAGUUCCUACAACACAGAGGUCAAGAACAUCCAGUCUUUCCUACAGAUGAAAAGUUUGGCACCCCCACCUGGCCAGGCGGCACCUGAUGUGGAGUCUAUGGAGAUGAAUGCAGAAUGCUUUGUGUCUCCACGAUAUGCCAAAAGAUACAAGAACAAACAGCUGUCUACACGAAUCUUAGAGGCUCAUCACAACAUUUCCCAGCUUACUCUCAUGGAGGCUAAACUGCGCUUCAUACAGGCAUGGCAGUCUCUGCCAGAGUUUGGCAUCAAGUACUACAUAGUCAGAUUCAAAGGAUGCAAGAAGGAUGAGAUACUGGGCAUUUCUUACAACAGGCUAAUUCGUAUAGAUAUGUCCACGCGCCUGCCGUUGACCACGUGGAGAUUCUCCAACAUGAAACAGUGGAAUGUGAACUGGGAAAUCAGACAGGUGACCAUUGAAUUUGACCAGAACGUGUCUGUAGCUUUCUCCUGCCAGAGCUGUGAUUGUAGGGUGGUUCAUGAAUACAUUGGUGGCUACAUUUUCCUUUCAACACGCUCCAAAGAUCAGAAUGAAACACUAGAUGAAGAACUGUUCCGCAAACUUACAGGGGGACAAGAAUGACCAUGAAAACCAUUGAGAAACUUGUGAAUCAGUAUACAGCUGUGUCAGUUUCAGGUUUGCCUACAGAUUUCAGUUCAAAUGUAGCCCUUUCAUUAUGUCAGUUUUAUGCUUGUUUGUUUACAUUUUGUUGUUAGGAAGGUGCACCUAAUUUCAGUGAAAGCUUGAGCCAAAUGUUCACAAAGACAUCUCUGAUGAAAUGCUGUGGUUAGGCUGGUGAUGCGUAUAGAUAUUUGCUUACUUUUGAAGACCAUCUCCCAAGCUUCACAGUAGAUUUCUUCACAAGCCUAUCAGUAAGACAGGUCACAUUUGAUUCGAUAUCACUGACUUUUAAUAGACUUAUUCAGAUUUAACUGAAGUGCUCCAAAUUUAGGACACGGGGAACUGCAGAGACCAUGGCAUCGGAUCCUCCAUCGUAUGAGAUCAUUCUCUGCUUUCAUUUUUAAGGAUUUUUUUUUCUUCUUUCUUUUUUUCAAAUAACAUUUGUUGUAAUACAUUUUUCAGGGAAAUUCAGUUUACACUGUUAGACUGUUCCGUGUUUGCUGAAGAAUUGAAAAGGCAACCAAAUAUGAAUGUUGUUUGCUUUGUUUCUUAAUAAAACAUGUCUGAAAAACA